AUGUGCAAUGUUGCUGUAUCUCCGCGAUAUACCAGCUCUGGGCAGUACGCCACUGCAACUUACAUUCUUUCGUGGCGAUCGCGAAAAUACUCAUCGUCUUCGGACACACGCCUACCAGGCGAAUCCCGCAGCUUGCCUUGGGAAUCCGACGAUAACCAGUGGCUCGAAAACAACGGCAUCUACAAACCCUUGGCGCCGACGAUUGACACAAAGAAUUACUACGAAACCAACAAACAUGAAAAUACGCCAUUGAUGAGCCAGGGACGUCACCGACCAUGCCAUAAACGCCGGCCCUCUCUUCCCUCUCAAAAACCUCAAAUCACUGCCCCCGGCCACUCUAGCAACCCCAAAAUAUCUUCCUCAAGACAACACGAGCCAUCAUACCCACUACCACCCGCACCUCCCCCGGAACAGAAACAUCGUUCUGCUACUCAAAAGGACGCCAAGAAGCACCAAAUUCCAGAGGGCUACUCACUAUCUCACUGGGAUCCCCUCGAAACUCCCAUCAUCUUGGCCGGAAGCGUUUUCGACGCCAACUCCCUGGGCAAGUGGAUUUACGAUUGGGUCGCCCACGUCCAUUCUGGACCUGAGGGUCGUGAAAUGAUUGGCAUCGCUGGCGAGCUCUGGCUGCUUCUUAUCCAGAUCUCGGGCAAGAUUAAACGUGCCGACGAAGUCAUGCAGGAUAUCCGAACUCUGGAGAACAGGGAGAUGGUCGAUGAUUUCAUCGAAUCGGGUGAGCGCCUUAUCGACAAGCUGCGCCGCCUCCUCCAGCGUUGUGAAGGCCCCAUGCUGAGCUCUAGCAAGACCGGAAAGAGCAAGCUAGGCACUACUGCCGGUGUGAAGUUUGUUCACACACUUCUGGGUCGUGAAUAUGAGCUGGCCAACACGGAAAAGUUCAUGACCUCUGUCCGUUUAUGGAACCUUAGGUUCGAUGCCAACUGCGAAGAUAUAGUGGAAAACCCUAUGAAAAAAUAG